GAUGGCGUGUUGUUAUGCACAGAAGGACGUGAACUCUGAGAGCUGCUGCAGUGUGGACCGACAUUAACAGCAGCGUGCUCGGUUCCGUACGGGUUAAUAAUAACUCUGUUUAAGACGCGGUUUAGUGUCGGUUAAUUAAAAUGGCUUCCCGCCCAGCUGCAGCAGCGGUGGCCUGUUUAACAUGGAGGAGCCUCGGUCCUGUCGCCCUCCACGCUCCUCUGCGCCCUCACACCUUAUCAGCAGCGAACAGUCGGCUCUGCAGCUCCAAACAGGCAACACAGCAGGACAAAACACCAAAGAGAUCUUCCUUCAGACCAGCAGCCAGCUCCACACAUGACUGGAUCGGUCCACCAAACCCUCUGUCCAACCUGCGGCCGAUCGUUUACCACGUCCCCGAGAACGAAUCAGAGCUGGAGAAGCGGCUCAGACACCUGAGGCAGGAGACGGAGGACUGGAACCACGACUUCUGGACUAAACAGAACAUCACUUUCAGCAAGGAAAAAGAAGCUUUCAUCAUGUCACAGCUAAAGGCAAAAGGUUUGACUGUGCGUGAUGAGCAAGGACGCCGGCGGUCCCUGAACAGCGAAGAGAUGGCCAUGUUUUACAAAAGCUUCCUGGACAAAAACAGAACGCGUCAUGCAAAUUACAACAAGGAAUGGUACCGACGAAACUUCACCAUCACCUUGCUCAUGGCCCGAGUCGCCCUAAACAACAUGUGGAGGACUGUUACUGUGAGAAACAGCAGAAAGAAAAACAACACUCCUAACACCUGAUUAUAAAUAAACUAUUUAUCCUCUUUCA